AUGCCCCCGGGAGAUCCCGAUAUCGAGACCUGUCAGGGUCAAAAAACUCCUCCGAUGGUGGAAGAUACGCCACCGCCAGUGCAGUGCAUGAAAACUCUAUACAGAGCGAACGGCAACUGUGCAAUAAAUCCCACCAACCUGAGUUUCUUGGCCAACGGCUCCAUGGACGUCGACUACCGUGUUGUUUACACCUAUGCGGAUGGCACCCGCUCCCGUCCCAGCAGCUGGACCAUGCCGCUCACAGAGUACAGAUAUCGUACACCCUGGGUGUACGUGGAGUUCUCUUCACCCAUCGCGACACUGUUGGCUGGUGGGCCGCCUGGCAAGCCCCGCACUGGCAUUAUGCUUCAGCGGUCAGGCCCCGUUGCACCUAAAGGAUCACCUCGGGCUAGAUGGAAUACUAGCUACCCCUAUGUCGAUAUCGUCCGCCUUGACAUCAUGGAGGAUUACUGGGAUGAACCAAUGCUUCAGGGCUGCCAGAAGGUCUCCAACUAUAGCGUCAAGUGUUUAGAUUCAGUGUGGGUGGACCAACCACCCACGCCACCUGUGUCUGCAUGGCGCUGGGCAGGCAGCAGCACUGCUCCCACGCCAAUUUACUCAUCCCUUGGCAGCUCUGCACCGGCUCUGGCCUUGUAUGGUAUAGGCGGAUUAUAUGCGAAUUACUCCUUAUUGUAUGAAUUCAAGAAUGGAUACCGCAGCAUGUCGUCACCGUACAUGCUGUGGGCUACACAUGCCAUCAGGUCACGGCCCUCCAUCUUCGUGGAAUUCUCUGCACCGUUGUCGCUGAGCGCGAAUGUCAGUGUGGUGCUGCAGCGCUAUGAAGAGGAAUGGGGACUGGUUGAUGUGGACCGUAUAGGGGGCUUGCAAGCCAAUGGCAGGCCUGCAGGUCCUCAGAUACGUAUGUGGCCAGAGAUAGCGGAUAUCCACGUUGUUAGCGAGAUGUCUGGUCAGCAAGAACGAGUGACAGGGUCUCCCUCUGCCUUCAUACUGACACUGAACCUGGUGGCCCCAUCAUACAACCAAAAUCGUCAUGUUAAUGUCUCGAAUCGCGCCCAGACCUGCAUGCCUCCGGUUAACAUGCUGAUUAGUUGUAAUGUUUACUCUGCUCUCCAAAUAAGCACCCACGCCGGCGGCAUGCUUCAUUGUGCUGUAUUUGUAACGGGCUGCUGUGUCCGCUGGUUGGUUCCGAUGCUUGAGAUUCCUGUCGAUGAGCAGCGGACAUCAUCAGCACACACUCAAGACCAGGUGCCGGGAUCGACGCAUUUGACAGGACAGCGUGAAGCUCGGCCCAUCACUAUGACGACGGGUGAUUGA